UUCGGUGAUGCAAAGGCGCCCAACAGUCACCAAAGCGCAGUUAAAUGUGAGCACUGACAACAUUACAGAAAUCAACACACCCUGACCCGCCAGCACCUCCACGGGGGAAAGGUGAACCCUUGGUAUCUCCAGGUCCACAGGAGAGGUUUGGUGGGAACGAGCACGGUGGUAGCGCUUCCUGAUAUCCAUCGGCCGAAACCAGAGGAUGGCUGUGGCAGGUGGCGUUUCUCCUCCUCCCGCCCUUCUCUGGUUACCCGGCGCCAUCUCCGCAAACAAAGGGGAGGGUGUGGGACGCAGGUGAUGGUGACGGAGGAGCGGAGAGGAGCGUCCAGCAGCCAGCACUGAAACCCCACCCCGGGGCCAGCCCGUAUAAAUAACACUGCGCACAGGUGAAAGCCGAUCCCCCGGCUGCGAGCGGUGCUGCUGGCGACGGUCUCGGUCCCGUGGCUUCUUCUCUGCCAUCGGCUGGAGCGCGUCACUGAACCAUCCACCAUGUCCAUGGGGCUGGAGAUUGGCGGCGUGGCCUUGUCUGUGCUGGGUUGGUUGUGCAGCAUCAUCUGCUGCGCGCUGCCCAUGUGGAAGGUGUCGGCCUUCAUCGGCAACAACAUCGUGACGGCGCAGAUCCUGUGGGAAGGGCUGUGGAUGAGCUGCGUGGUGCAGAGCACGGGGCAGAUGCAGUGCAAGGUCUACGACUCCAUGUUGGCGCUGCCACAGGACCUGCAAGCCGCCCGCGCCCUGCUGGUGGUGGCCAUCAUCUUGGCCGUCCUGGGCUUAAUGGUGGCCAUCGUGGGAGCCCAGUGCACCCGCUGCGUGGAGGACGAGAGCACCAAAGCCAAGAUCACCAUCGUCUCCGGCGUCAUCUUCCUCCUCUCUGGUGUAAUGACCCUCAUCCCUGUCUGCUGGUCGGCCAACACCAUCAUCCGGGAUUUCUACAACCCGCUGGUGAUCGAAGCGCAGAAGCGAGAGCUGGGCACCUCGCUCUACGUGGGACUGGACGCAGCGCUCUAA